CUUAGACCUUGUUGUUGAGAGCAUUAGGCUAAAUUUAAGACCUCUCUGUCACUUGGAAACCAUCUCACACCGCUACUGUGGUCGGACUUUGCAGAAACUCACUGACGUGUGUCCACAACCUGCGACAUUUAGUUUCGAUGCAGCGGCUUCUCAGCUGUGUUAAUGAGCUUCUUCCUCAUUAUGAUACACGGACACGAGUCUGUUUGAGGAACUGAGCCCUGCCUGCCAGCUAGCAGAGGUGUAUAAACCUGCCCGGAUGAAGAUUGAUGUCUGAGAACAUUAAGAAUACUGUGCUUCAUUUACACGGUAAAAUCAACAUCCUGAAGUAAAAGAGGAGCACGCUUUGAAAAUGGACCCUGAAAGCCCCAUCAUCAACAGGGUGGAGAGAACUUUCUGGACUGUUUGGUCUUUUAUAACCGGAGCUGUGAACAGAUUGCUCAGGUCAGAGCCAGGAAACACUGAUAGCAAAGACUCAAACUGUCUCCAAGAAUCUACAGUUGACGGUGAGCUUGCAGAAUGUAGUCAUGAAGGGGGGGAAGCCAACAUUAGAGAAGUCGAUGAGGAACAACCAGUUACGACAACCUCUCUGCUUAGCUCAUCUCAGCCAGCUGUUGCCUGGGAACUUUGCACCACAGAAAUCGACCUUGGGCGUGAUGAAAACAGCAAACGGUUCGAAACAAAGAAAGAGUCAGAGAGAGAUGAAGACACAAAGGAAGAAGAGGUAUCCAAAAUGGGAAAUGAUAAGUCAGGGCUCAUCCUGAAAGAUGAAGAAAAAAAAGAUGAUUUGCUCACUCUUGAGCAAGAUGACAUGCCCAAAAAUGAGAAAUCUGAUGAAUGCUUAGAAAUGAGGUCACAGAUACAUAUGGAUGAUGCAAUGGGUGAAAAUUUGUCAUGUGCUAAGGGAGAAGCUGAGUGGGAAAUGAGCCUGAAUGUUCAGCAAAUAAUGGAGGAAACUCAGCCAAGGAUCCAGUACAAGGUAGAGGAUGAUGAACAUGAUGUGGUGGCAGAUGACAAUCAGAAGAAAUCAUGCACAAUCACAGAGAAAGCAAGCAUGCACAUAGAAGAGCUUAGUGUGCAGAAAAAUGAGACAGAUCUAUUGAAGAAGCAUGAGGAAGUAGAAAGCAGUGAUGGUGUCUUAAUGCCAGCCUCUGAAAAAGAAAUGGAGUCAGGUGUGGGUGCAGUACAGGUCGAAAAGCAGCUCUCAGCACAGGAAAAAAUUUCAAAUGAUGACCUACUUGUGGCCUACAACAAAAGCAUCACUGUACAUGAGGAUGAGCUGGUAGCUAUUGGAAAAGAGCAUGUGAUGACUCCAAGAAAUGAGAGCGAAAAAUCAGAGGAUGUGAAAGAGGAGGAUGAGCGCUCAAUGGACAAGAACGAUCUGGCAGCCGUAAUCCAGGAAGAAGAUGAGACUAAGACUGAAAACAACCAGGCACUGAGAGAAGUGCUGGAGCAGGAAGAAAACUCACAAGAAGUGCCAGAAGACAACAAUUCAAAUGAUCAAAUCAUUGAAUUUGUGCUAAAUGUUCAAAUUGAGCCGCUCACAAAUGAAAAGCAAGAGGAAGUGGCAAAGGACACCAGUGUGCAAACCAGAUUAACAGAGACAGAUUGCAGGGAGACAGAAAGCUAUGACACUUUGAUCAAUACAAAUGUGGGUGUUACAUCAUCAGAUUAUUCAGCAUUUGAGAGGUUUCUUGAUGAAUAUGAAGAGCAGGAAGAUAUUAAAGAAAGUAACUUCAGAGAAGCACAUACAGCCUCAUCAGUUACUGUAAAACCUGACAUUGAGACUGGACAGGAACAAAGUGGGGAGUUAAAAAAAACUCCUGAGGGUAUACUUGAAGGCCACUCUGUUGUGUCGGAGGAGCUUAACCCUCCCUCAUGUGAGGAAGUACAAGAGGGAGUUCCUGAACACAACAAUGAGCCAGGGCCAGAUGAAAAUACAACACAAAGGUUCCUGGAAGUUGGAGAUUCCAAGGAAGUCCAGACCACCCAGUUACCAGAAGAGGUGGAGAGCAGAGAGACAGGGAGCCUUCAAAACAGUGGAUGCAGUGCUGAAGUGGACUGUUUGCUGGUGCAGGAGCAUAUGAAAGAUACUCAAGAAAAGAAAGAAACUAGUAAGAGUAACUUUGAUUUGGUUGGUGCUGGACUGACACAAGAACCAGUGGAGCCAAUUAUAGAACAGCUACUUCAGGAAAAAGGACCUUUUUCUGCAGAAGAGGACAGAAAAUCGAUGGUUACCUCAAUGACAACAGGGAUCGAACCUGCAGAAAAGGAAUCCGUGUCAGACUUUGGCUUUACAAAUGAGAAAGAUCUGCAAAAUGAAGAGCUUUUGGUGGAAAUGGCUGAGGGUCCUUCCAAAGAAGCAGAUGCUGCAAGGGAUGGCUUUCUAGCGAUGGAAAAAAUGUUAGUAGAGGAAACUCUGAAAUUGCUUGAGGCAGAGGAGCAAAAUACAACAGAGACAAGCCUUCUGGAAUUGGCAGACACUGUGAAUCUUGAGCCAAAAAUCAACAGGACGUCUAAUUUACUGGAGGACAUUUCAGAAAAUGUGCAGACAAAGCCUAAAUCACUUGAGGACAUAGAACUUCAAGAUGCAGGGAAAUGUUUAGAAGUCGCAGGUCUUAAAGUUGAGGAGGAUGCAGACUGUGGAAUGCAGAAAAGUGAGGUGGGAAACUUUGAUCUGCAGGUUGCUGAAAUGGCACCAGCUAUAACCAAAGAGAUGAGUGCUUUGAUUUCAGAGUUAGCAUUAACUAAAGAUGCUAAGUCCCAAGAGAUGAAAAAUCAACUCUCAGACUUUCAAGAAACUCCUGACUCAGAGAUAAUGGAGUCAAAACCAAAAGAUGUUACCAUGAUAUCCACAGAAGAAAUGCUGAAGCAUGUUGUAGAAUCAGAAGUAACUCAUGGUGAAGAAACGGUUUGCUCAGGCAGUGGAAGUCCAGAUCAUAUUGAUGAGGAAAUCCUUGAUUUGUGGAUGGAGACACUGUCAAAGGACGAUGAAAAACAUCAAAAAGGGACUGAACUUGGACUACAAAUUCGCACUGAUGUAGAGCUGGCAAAAGAGGAACAGAGAGAGGUGGAAGAUGAGCAGCUUGUGGAGUCAAAUUCAGGAGAAUAUGAGUUAGUGAGUGAUGCAGAGAUGUCUUCAUCAACAGCAGAGUCUGGAUUUUCUGACCAGUCUCUCAGUGAAUUGGGAACUCAAAACAGUGAGGAACAGUUACUGAGAUCAACCCACACAGGGCCGAUCCAUGGUACAUAUGACAUGUUGGUGAAUGCUUCAGAAUCAGGGGACAUCUCAGGGCAACAAGUAGAGCAACAAAACUCUGUAUCUGAGGAAACAGCUGAUGUGGAGCAGUCAUACCUAAAAGAUGAGGGGUCUGUAGCAGGAUAUAACCUUGAAGAGAGAGGGUUGGGAGUGAUGAGUCAAGAAUGGGAUCAAACACAGGAAAAAUCACAUGAAUCACACAGAGAGAUUGAUGAGGAGGAGACAGACCUUUCAAGAAAAGCAGACUUCAAAAUCACAGAAGAUAUGUCACUGACAGAAGACCCUCAGGAGGCUCUUAUCAAAGUGGAGUCUCUUGACAUAACUCCACCUGAGGCUAAAGAAGAUAUUUUACAAACUGAAUCAUCUCAAUCACCAAGUAGCUCAGAUGCUUCAUCUGAGGAGGGAAUUCUGUUGGCUGAAUUUGGUCCAGGAGAUGUCACCUUGGCCCAGUCAGACGAGACGUCACUGAAGCUGCCCUCGCUUGAGAAGAUGCAGCUUGGAUGGUCAGAGGACAAAACCGAUUUAGUACCUGGGCCUAACAGGGCUGAGGUGGAAGAACAGCUGAAGCUUGAGUCUGAAGAUCAGACUGAGUUGGAUACCUCUGUGCUGGACUUCAGUGCACAAAGAUCAAGAAUUGCUGUAAAAAACCCUCAUGUUCGACCACCCAAAGAUCCCCGCUCUUUGCUACUUAUGCCUUCCGUUGAUCCCACACCUGCUCCUGUCAAAGUCCCUGCAGGUGUUCCUCUGGGAGGCAUGGGCAUUGGGAUAAAACUGCCUGGGCUUGGUGCUGGAUUUCCUGUUCUGAAAAAGACACAACAUGUAUUAAAAGAUGAAAACAGCUCAGAGGACAACUCACAGGAGCCAGAGACAGAGAAAGAAGAGAAGAGCGACUCUACCAAACAAGAUGAGACACAACACAGACCUAAAUGGAUGCCACCAAAACAUCCAGGAUUUGGAAAUCCAUUGAUGUCUGAGCUGAAAACCAAACUGAAGAAAACCACGAAAGACUGAGAUGAAGAUGAAUUGUUUUCCCUUCUGUGAAUAUUUGAAUAUAAAUAUAUAAACUGCUUUAUUUGGUGUAUAUAUCAAACUGAUUACACUGAUUAAAUGUUUUUAAUGUGUGUGACUUUGCCUGUGUUAAAUGUUUGUAAUAAAAAAUAACUUCAAAAUAAAUGGUGCUC